UCCGAGCAACAUGGUCAGGCCGGCAAUAGUUCUGUGGCUGAGUGUCCUGCCAUUGGCGUUCGUUAAGGCCGAAAUUACCAACAUAUUCGCCUUAACCAAUAAGCAACUUCUCUCCAAUGAGUUGGAAGUGAAUGUGGAUAGUUACCUGGCUGCUUCCAAGCUGAGACGCUUGGCAGUGGAGUUCUUCGACCACUAUUCCAAUCUAACGCUGGCGGAUCUCUAUGUCGGGGAUCAGCGCUCGAGACUGCCUUCAGUUCAGGACAUGAAAUGCCUAGCCGACAUGGCGCUGCUAACCAAUGACCUGUUGUCUCUUAAAGUCUGGACGUUGAAGAUGAUCGAUUCGUGGGGCUUGCUGCCUGCGGGAGUGCUGGUGGGAAACUGGUGGGACCUGGGCAACUUCGACGAGUGCAUCGGCAUAGACCACGCUGUGACCACCAGUCACAGGGUCAAGGGCAAGUAUUGUUUCGCCAAGUUUGCCCCAGCUCCGAGUGUAUCGAACAGGAUGGCCAUCAAGACGGCCGUCUGCUUUCCCGCCUCCUGUUCCGCCGCCAAUAUGGACACUUUGCUACGUAGACUCCUCCAGACGCUGCUCAACAUCGAGAUCGGCACAGAGGUGCAGAUAGUGGACGAGGCUACGUGUCAGACCUCAGAGACGAAGCCCUACGAUGGCCUCACCAUUUUCACCAUAGUCGUCCUCUCGUUAUUGGGUGCUCUGGUGGGCCUUUCCACGCUUUAUGACUACUUCUUGUGCCAGGAUCAGAAAACCAUUCAUCCAGUGGUCACAGCUUUCUCGGCCCGUGCUAACUCGCGGGCUUUGUUCAAAAUUGUGGACACCAGGUCGAACCCCAAUGUCAUCGACUGUCUUCACGGAAUCCGCUGUCUUUCGUUCAUCUGGGUGGUCUUCGCUCAUGACUACCUCACAUUUGCCACGUCGCCCAGCAUUAACAUGGCCGAUGUUUUGACGUGGAUAGACUCCUUCUUCAGUAUGUUUGUGGUGCAUGGGAUUUAUGCCGUAGACACAUUCUUCUUUUUGAGCGGUCUAUUGCUCGUUAUGAUUGCCCUACGAUUGAUGGAUAGAACCAAUGGGCGGCUAAACAUUCCAAUGAUGUACCUGCAUCGUUACCUGCGGCUCACCCCUCUUCUGGCUUUUGCCAUUCUCAUCUACAUGAAGAUUCUUCCACUCCUGGGAAAUGGUCCGCUGCGGGGAUCAGUGAACUUCGACGAUUACGCAUCGUGCGAGGACACCUGGUACUGGACAUUACUCUAUGUGCAGAACUAUGCCACUGAUAACCUGUGUAUCAGUCAUUCAUGGUACCUAGCCGUCGACAUGCAACUCUACAUCUUCGCUCCUUUCCUCCUAAUCUGCCUGUACAAGUGGGGCAAGAAAGCGGCCGCCGGAAUCUUUAUCCUUAUGUUGCUCCUGGCCAGCUGCCUCUUUAGCAUAAUGGUCAUUAACAAUCUUUCCCUUGGUGCUGGCGGAAAUGGAUCGAUGAGAAGACUCUACUAUGCAACAAACACUCGGGCCUCGCCAUACCUCAUUGGCAUCCUGUUUGGGUACUUCCUGCACAUUAACCGGGGCAAGGACUUCAAGCUGAACCGUCUCACAGUCCUCGUGGGCUGGCUGAUUGGCCUGGCCCUCCUCUUCACCUGCUUGUUUGCAGUCUAUGGCCAGAGUUCGCUGCCCAUUGUGGAGGAGGCCUCCUAUGUGACCUUUUCCCGGAUUGCCUGGCCCCUGGGUCUCUGCUGGGUGGUGUUUGCCUGCAUGCACGGGUAUGGUGGUCUGGCCAACGGCUUCCUUUCCUCCCCGUUGUGGCAGCCCCUGUCCAAACUCUCCUACUCCGCCUACAUAUUCCACAUGUUCAUCGAGAGCCUCAACGGCGGGAUGACACGCACCAGCACCUACUUUAGUGACUAUCAAAUGAUGCUUCGAUUCUGGUCAGAUUUUGGCCUUACGCUGCUGUUCUCCUACCUCAUGCACAUUCUGAUCGAAGCACCUUUUGCCAGUCUGGAGGGUCUUCUGUUGCCAACAAAAAAACCUAAUCCUCCGCCAGCAGUGGAGUCCAAGAUUGAGCCCAAGGUUAAAGAAUUUGAAUCAUCACCUGACGAAUCUCCAGUGGAGAAGUCUGUGGAAACGGUACCAGCCACAACUGAGGAAGUGACUAAGACUUUCCCCGAAAAUAAAUCAAUUUAAGCAUUAUACUUAUGU